AUGAAAUUACUAAUCAUAUCAAUUUUCAGCGCUAGACUAAAACGAGGAGUUGAAGGUGCAUCAACACCCAAAUGCAUUCUACACAAUUAUUGUCGAGAGAAGUUACUAGCAGAGCCUUUAUAUAAUUCGACAAAAAGAAGAGAAGAUGGACGUUUUACAGCAAUUUGUUCAGUGGCAAAUAAAAAAUUUUCUUCUCCAAUAUCACAACCAAAUAUUCGAAUGGCUGAACAGGUCUCAGCAUUAGUCGCGCUUUAUGGUCUAAAAAGUAGGCAUAAAUUAAAGGGGAAUUGGGAAGAUUAA